CGUUCGGCCGACAAGCACGGAACGUCACGGAGGCGGUGGAGGACGUCGGUCCGCCGCUCUUCGGGAGCGCGAAUUCGCGGGAUAGUAACGACCGACGACGUCCUCGUUGGGUCCCGGUCGCGACGCUCUGCGUAUGAAUUUACCUCUCUCUCGCAUCACGGCAAGUUGAAUGGACGAGGGUACGAAAUACCGAGUGCCCAUCGGCGACGCCUGCGUGUCUAUGCGCGUGUGCUUCGACUCGCUGUGCUUCUCGUCGUCGCAGCAGCGGCUCGCCGACGAGGAGGACGCCGCAGCCGCAGCCGCCGCCGCCGCCGCGACAACCGCCGACGUCGCGUCGUCACAGCUGCCGAUCGUGCCGCACGGCACCGCGGCCGUCGUCGCCGCGGCCGUCGCCAGCGGCACCAAUAUCAUCGCUACGACCGCUACCACCACGCAAGUCACGCAAGUGCCGCACAUCGGUGCCGGCGGAGGUGUCCCGCCGUUCGCCACCAUGAGCACCCUGAGAGAGCUCCAGGAGCUCCUGCGCGUCAAGGACGAGCGGAUCGCCGAGCUCGAGGCGGUAAUCUGUUGCCGCGACGCCGAGAUUCAGGAGCUGCGCAGCCACCUGGACAAGUUCCUGAGCGUGCUGCCGUUCAGCGCGGCGCCGCCGCUCACGCCGACGAAGCCGCGUACGCGCGACCGUGCCCAGGGCAUAUCCGCGGAGCCGCCGCUCCAGGAACUCGCGCCUCUUGCGGUGGUCGACAAGAGCGACAGAUCUCGCGAACUGAUCAAGACUGCCAUACUGGACAACGACUUCAUGAAAAAUUUGGAACUCACGCAGAUUCGGGAAAUUGUCGAUUGUAUGUAUCCUGUUACGUUUCCAGCUGGUUCGAUAAUUAUACAAGAAGGAGAUGUUGGCUCUACUGUCUUUGUUAUGGAGGAGGGUAAAGUCGAGGUGUCGAGGGACGGCAAAUAUCUCAGCACUUUGCAACACGGAAAGGUACUGGGAGAGCUCGCGAUUCUUUACAAUUGCAAGAGGACGGCGACGAUCACUGCUGCGACUGAUUGCCAAUUAUGGGCCAUCGACCGGCAAUGCUUCCAAACCAUUAUGAUGAGGACCGGGCUGUCAAGACAGGCCGAAUACACGGACUUCUUAAAGAGUGUGCCAAUUUUCAAAAACCUGCCGGAGGAAACUUUAAUCAAAAUUUCAGACGUUUUAGAAGAGACAUUUUACAACAAUGGGGAUUAUAUAAUAAGGCAAGGGGCGAGAGGUGACACAUUCUUCAUCAUCAGUAGGGGACAAGUACGCGUAACGAUAAAACAGCCCGAUACAACAGAAGAGAAGUAUAUUAGAACGUUAAGAAAGGGCGAUUUCUUCGGUGAGAAAGCUUUACAAGGAGAUGAUCUCAGAACUGCUAAUAUUAUCGCUGACGAUCCAGAAGGAGUGAGCUGUUUGGUAAUAGACCGCGAAACGUUUAAUCAAUUAAUCUCAUCCUUGGACGAAAUCCGAACGCGAUACAGGGACGAGUUGGUGGAACGUAGGAGACUAAAUGAGGAAUUCCGGGAUGUACGGUUACAAGACCUUCGGACUAUCGCGACUCUCGGCGUGGGUGGUUUCGGAAGAGUUGAAUUAGUUCAAAUUGCCGGAGACAGUACACGAUCGUUCGCUUUGAAGCAGAUGAAGAAGGCGCAAAUCGUCGAGACGCGACAGCAACAGCACAUUAUGUCAGAAAAGAGGAUAAUGAGCGAAGCGGAUUGCGAUUUUGUAGUUAAGCUUUUCAAAACCUUCAAAGAUAGAAAGUAUCUUUAUAUGUUGAUGGAAGCCUGCUUGGGUGGUGAAUUAUGGACCGUCCUCAGGGACAAGGGACACUUCGACGAUGGUACUACGCGCUUUUAUACCGCAUGCGUCGUGGAAGCAUUCGAUUAUUUGCAUUCCAGAAAUAUCAUCUAUAGAGAUCUUAAACCGGAAAAUUUACUUUUGGAUAAUCAAGGAUAUGUUAAACUCGUUGAUUUUGGCUUUGCUAAACGGUUGGACAAUGGAAGGAAAACAUGGACAUUUUGCGGUACACCAGAGUACGUAGCACCGGAAGUCAUUUUAAAUAAAGGUCAUGACAUAAGCGCCGAUUACUGGUCCCUUGGUGUUCUUAUGUUUGAAUUGCUUACGGGUACGCCUCCUUUUACUGGUGGUGACCCAAUGAAGACGUAUAAUAUUAUCUUGAAAGGAAUCGACGCUAUAGAUUUUCCCAGAUCCAUCACGCGUAACGCAAUGGCUUUGAUAAAAAAACUUUGCAGAGAUAAUCCCGCGGAACGUCUUGGAUAUCAAAGAGGCGGUAUCAGUGAAAUACAAAAGCACAAAUGGUUUGAUGGUUUUAACUGGGAAGGGUUGAAGACGAGGACUUUGGAACCGCCAAUACUGCCACGAGUUCAAGGCGCUACAGAUACUACGAAUUUCGACACUUAUCCAGCUGAUACCGAUCCAUUACCACCCGACGAUAUUUCUGGUUGGGAUAACGAUUUUUAACACAAAAAGUAUAGAGGACAUUUAUUUAAUAUUCACGUUUUUAACUAGCAGGAAAUCGUAAUAGGACAUAACGAUCUCUCGAUCAUACGAGACAAUUGGCGACACCUGCAUUUAUUUAUACUUUUCUCAUACUACGUGAUAUACAGGUUACAGUCGCAUUUUAUCAUAUUCUUACAUUUUCCAUCACAUUUCGCAGAAUAAUCGUGAUUCAAACGAGGGAAACUGCACUGUGAUAAAAUUUAGAUUAAAAUUUUUUAUGACUUUCGGAUUAUCGAUAUUAGCAAAAUUCAAAAGAAAAAAACAAUUUAGAGUUAUGAAUCUUGUAUUUAUAUCGCAUCUCUGGCAGGUUCUAGAAGUAUCACCACUAACAUUGUAAUAGGAUACGUAUGCAAGUGUUAAGUGCCAUUAUUACCUCAAGAAGGUAAACUCAUACAUGUCAUACUUGUGCUCAGAAACGCGGUCACAACAAACAGUCAGCUCAAGUCCAAGGGACCUCUUGCCAUCUAUACUGUUUAACUUGUCAAUCUAUUGUGCAUAUAGCUUGGUCGAUCAGAUGUUAAAUUUUUUAUUGGCAAGUUCAUUGUUGUUUGAUUUACUUUAUAGAGUUUAUUGUAAUAAUUAUAUUUUAAUUGAUCAUAUAUAAUGUCUUGUAAAUAAUGAAUUAUAAACAUCAUAUAAAUUUUAAAUGUGGAAUGUAUAUCAUGCAAUACACACGAAUAAAUUUUAUUAAUAACAA